AACCCUAUCCUUUUCCUUUCCCCUUUCCCUUUCACUUCCACCCCCACUCUUUCCCUCUUCCUUGCUCUGUUUCCAUUGACAGAACAAAAAGCCCCCUUACAAUGGCACUAGCUACAAUCUCCCUAUUACCCAUUAAAUCCAUUAACAUUUCUUCAUCCACAUCAUCAUCACCAUCAUCUUCUUCUUAUAGGGCUCUCAAUCCUAUGCAACCUCCCUUCAAAACUUUAGCUUGCAGGAUAGAGACACAAGAUGAAUAUCAGAAAAAUAGGCCCAAGAAGUGGAGAGCCGUGGUUUCAACGGCGCUGGCGGCCGCAGUGAUUAUGUCUAGCUCCAACAUGUCUGCUCUGGCUGAACUCAACAAGUAUGAAGCAGAUACGCGGGGCGAAUUUGGAAUUGGAUCGGCUGCGCAAUUCGGUUCUGCAGAUCUCAGGAAAGCAGUUCAUAUGAAUGAGAAUUUCAGACGAGCCAAUUUCACAUCUGCUGAUAUGAGGGAAUCUGAUUUUAGUGGUUCAACAUUCAAUGGUGCAUACCUUGAGAAAGCCGUUGCAUACAAAGCAAAUUUCACAGGUGCGGAUUUGAGUGAUACAUUGAUGGAUCGCAUGGUUCUGAAUGAAGCCAAUCUCACAAAUGCAGUCCUAGUUAGGACAGUUCUCACCCGCAGUGAUCUUGGCGGUGCACGUAUUGAAGGUGCUGACUUCAGUGAUGCUGUUUUGGACCUCCCCCAAAAACUGGCUCUAUGCAAGUAUGCAAGUGGCACAAAUCCUAUAACAGGGGUGAGCACCAGAACAAGCCUGGGUUGUGGCAACAGCCGCCGUAACGCCUAUGGUUCCCCAUCUUCCCCUCUGCUAAGUGCUCCACCGCAAAAAUUGCUUGACCGGGAUGGCUUCUGUGAUGACAAAACAGGGCUUUGUGAUGCAAAAUAGACAAAGCCAAUACAACAUCCUAUAUAUCAUGUGUGUGAAUAAAACUAUUCUGAAUACAAGAAAGUGCACAAUGAAUAGAGACUGUUUAAAAGAGUAAUUCAAUUUUCAAUACAUGCAACAAAUAGUGCAAUUUUUGUGUCCAAGUAUUUUCAUUUCUUAAAUUUUAACAGGAUAAUUUAAUCUAUAUAUUGAGGCUACUAGAAACAUAAGAUGACUGACAUGUGUAUCAUUAAACUCUCAUUGAUUGAAUUUUUGAAGUUAUGUGCAUUAUGUAUGUGUUGUUCAUGUC